UGGCUUGUCCGUACAGAACAGUAGACAGCAGCCAAGAAGGGGCCGCAAAACGAUUCGUUUUAUCUCUUUCCUCGGUAUUUUGACAUUGACUUGAAAAAUUCGCGUAUCAACGGGGUCGUCGAGCUACGCGAUCCACGGACAUUAUACUUUGUGCAACCGCGGAACAGUGUUCACCUAACCUCGACCAAUACGUUCGGUUCGAGUUACGGACAAAUAUACCUCGAGCAAAAGCCGAACUACGGUUCUCAGUCUAUCUCUUUCCCUCUCCCUUCGCCUUACUUUCCGUCUGUUCGCUCCGUCUUUCUUUUACUAUUCUAUUUCGAAGUGUAUACAUACUAGGAUAGUGCGUAAUACGUAGUGAAAACGUAGUUGAAGGCAUCGUGGCGAAGCCGCCGACAAGAGGUCCGCUGACCAAAUUUAGUGAUAGUGCAUAAGUGCACUUCGAUAUACCGAUUUGUUAGAAGAAGCGGACGUGGCGAGAUUUCCUGUUACGAUCGAGGCGGAGGAGGCAAAAUUUCGAGGAUUCACGGUCUAUGAACGCCAAGGGUCAAGGGGACCCUGGGGAAGAUUACGCUUCCAGGGUAGGAGCAGAAAGCCCUUGCAGCGACAUGAAGCGUGCAGUUGCUAAACAGUUGAUCGAACGGUAUUUUUAUCAACUUACUGAUGGAUGUGGCAAUCCUGACUGUGACAACCAAAACUGUGCAUCGAGUGGCAAAGUAACAAAUCUAACUCCAAAUCAAGCUGCGGCUCAAGCUAUUCAAUUGUUCUCGCAAGAAGCAAGACUUUGCGAUGGAACUCAACCAAGUAAAGUAGCCCGAACAACUUUAGAGCCAGGACCGGCGUCAAUGGCUAAGAGUUUACCAGUUAAAAGUGUAAAUCCGACAUGUUCGAACGAAGGAAAACGGGUACUAUAUCUCACAGAAGCGAAACUUUUGGAUAUAAUAGAAAAAUGUAAAUCGGAAGGAUCGUACUCGCUGUUAAUUCGUACAUUGGGAGAAGUGUUCUCGUCUGGGAAGGCAUUGUGUCUCAGUUUUCAAAAAACUGCUAAAAAUGAUUCUCUGUUGACCGCGCUUCUCAACAGAGCAUCAGAUAGUUUGUUGAGGCCUGGCGACAUGGAUAAAGAAGCAAUUCGAUCUAUUCAAGGAGAAGACAAAGAAGAAGAUAGCAGUGAAGAAUCGCCCACAGUUCCUAAUAAUGAUGAUACUAGCGUUGAUCUACCAGCUGUCCGAAGAGCCUUUGCCGCUCUUUGGUCAUUACCAGGGGAGGCAUUUGAAUCUGCUUUAGUCAAUGCACUAGUCACUUUGGCGGAUAAUAUCGAAUUAGAUUUGAGAGUGUUUCGCCUUAUGGCAUGGGAAAAUGUGGACAGCAUGUUAAAUGUAUUCCUCAUUGUGUUUGAAAUUCCUGUGCUCGGAAAGAGCGAAUUUCUGGAACUCGCUCUUCACAUGCUUUGUAAAGCACUCAGCUGUUUUCCUGUCGUGGCACAAGCUAAACUGGCUCGCGUAUGGGCUAAACAUUGUAAAUCUCGACUUCUAAGUAUUUUACAGGCUCUUCAAGAAUUGAUAACCGUCAAGGUAAUAGGUGGAUCUUUUACGCGAGAUUAUUGCGUUCAAGAUGCAGACACUAUUACCGCUCCUACGAAAGUUAUGAAAAUUCUAUAUUACGCGAGUAUGUUAGCUGGUGAAUUAGAUGAACCUGAGUUAAAUAUAGAUGAUGAUGGUGAAUCUGCUAGUAACGAUAAAUCUGGAAGGGCGACACAGAUUCCUCAGGAUCCAUUAGCGAAAGAACUUGGAUUGUCCGCACUAGACGUACGGAAACCGUUUAUACCUUUUACCGACUUUUAUAACGAACCGUUAAGUGAUGCCAUAGAAAUGGAUAAGGAUUUCGCGUAUUAUAAGAGUGAGGAACCUAUGAAAUUUAGUUUUAUGAAUUACGCCUUCAUUCUCACGCCUGCUACGAAGACGUUGGGGUUGUAUUACGAUAAUCGUAUCAGAAUGUACAGUGAACGCCGAGUGAGCUUUUUACAAACUAUUGUUGGUCAACCAACUAAUCCGUAUUUAAAAUUAAAGGUUAGGAGAGAUCGUUUGAUAGACGAUGCGUUAGUUGAAUUAGAAAUGAUCGCGAUGGAAAAUCCAUCUGACCUUAAGAAGCAAUUAGUUGUUGAAUUUGAGGGUGAGCAGGGAGUAGACGAGGGCGGAGUCUCCAAAGAAUUCUUUCAUUUAAUCGUAGAGGAAAUCUUUAAUCCCGAUUACGGCAUGUUCACAACUCAGGAAGACACCCAGAUGACAUGGUUCAAUCCAACAUCAUUGGAGGUCAACGCACAUUUCACGCUUAUAGGCGUUGUUCUUGGCUUAGCCAUAUACAACAAUGUAAUACUUGACGUGCGUUUCUCGAUGGUAGUUUAUCGAAAAUUACUCGGUAGGAAAGGAACUUUCGCUGAUUUGGAAGAUUGGAGUCCUACAUUGUAUCGAACGUUGAAAGAAUUGCUGGAGUAUACCGGAGAUGACAUGCCGGAGACAUUUAUGCAAACCUUCAAAGUGGCUUAUAAGGAUGUCUUUGGCUGGAUAUCUUUCCAUGAUCUCAAAGAAAACGGUGACGAAUUAUUUGUGACCCAAGAGAACAAGAAGGAAUUCGUAGAUCUUUAUGCGGACUUUUUACUUAAUAAAUCAGUAGAAAGGCAAUUUAAGGCGUUCAGGCGUGGUUUUCAAAUGGUUACAGACGAAAGUCCGCUGGCGUUACUUUUUAGACCUGAAGAAAUCGAACAACUUGUUUGCGGCAGCAAGAUCUUCGAUUUUGCAGAACUAGAAGCUGCUACAGAAUACGAAGGAGGUUACACAGUGGACAGCGAGGCAAUACGUAAUUUCUGGCGAGUCGCGCAUUCGUUGCCAACAGAAAGUCAACGAAGGCUUCUCCAAUUCACCACUGGAAGCGACAGAGUACCGGUUGGCGGUUUGUCGAGGCUAAAGAUGGUCAUCGCCAGACACGGUCCAGACUCAGAUAGACUACCGAUAGCUCACACGUGUUUCAACGUCUUACUGUUGCCGGACUAUAGUACAAUAGAAAAAUUGCAAGAUCGUUUGUUGAAGGCGAUCAACUACUCAAAGGGUUUCGGCAUGUUGUAAAUGUGCGCAAAAGUUUCGGUAUCUCCCCCCAGUCUUUCAGAGUGUCAUCGAGUCCCCGAAACACGGGAUCGGUGAAUCUCUCUCUUUGCCCCGCUGAAUGGACGUAUUUAUUCGAAAAUUUAUGCAAACGUUACGAACCAAAUCCCGCUUUCGUACAAUGGUUCAUAAAUAAUUAAAUAAAUUCGCCCAAUUGAUACCGAGAAUACCUCGCAAAAAACGAUCGUUGUCCUCCAAUGCGUUUUCCCCGCACAAGCGGCAACAGGAAUUGCUGUACAAAAGAAAGAUAAAAGAAAAAAACACGAAAUACAAAUUUUCACGCGGUAUACGCUUUGAAUUUCCUCGCACUAUUAUUGUUUAAGCGCCAAAGCAGACUAACGCACCUCGACGAGUCUUGCCGUGAUGUUUCUCUGAUAUUUCGUACUUUUACUGCUCACGAUUACGGGACAGUGAAGAACGUCGGCUUCGAAGUUGCUGUGACUCGUCUCUCGAUGUUAUCCUUAAUGAAAGAAAGCAAGCAAGACAAAAAAAAAACCAACAUAACACAGUACACACAGCUUAAGAAUAAAUAGUGAGAUGCGCGACUGUGAUGAGUGUGAAAGUGUACUGAAAAUGAUGAGUCGGAAUUUGUAGAAAUAUAUAUUAUUUGUAGACUUAAUGGAUCCUAGUUGGUACGAUGAUGAAAAUCAAGCCGAGAAUACCCCUGUUUAACGUCGUGCGCGCUGUACACAAGAUCAAUUUUGUAAUUACGUAGAGAGAACGCAGAAUCAUGAUCGCUGAUGUUUCUUUCCUCGCGUUUUUUUUUUCUAUGUGACUUCUGUUAUUUGGUUUUCUCUAACAUCAUAUUUUACUUCGGUGAAUACGAUUAGUGUCUGAUAAUCUAUAUGUAUACACGAGAAUGGAUUUGUAUAAACAUUUGUAAUCGGCGGCUUUCUCAAUGAAACUGCUCCACGUUGUCGGCUGUCUUAUUGUUAGUCACGUGACAAUAAAGUUCUAUUGAAUAA